CGACUGUAGUGUUGUUACAUUCUACAUUUCCUUUCCUUUCCCAGUAAUAAAAGGAGCGUUUAUGAAAUGUUCUUAUAUUACAAACCGGAAAAAUGGCACCAAAUGUGAAAGACACGGAUUUUCUAGAAGCAGUUAAGGAAAUUAAGGAACCGCUAAAACCGGCAGCAUUGAAGCGAAAAUAUACUAUAUUAUAUCAUGUGGCAUUGAUCCUCGCAUAUCUGCACAUCGGAGCGCUGUACGGAGUGUACUUGGCAUUCACAUCUGCCAAAUGGGCAACUAUAGUGUUCAAUGUUUUUAUGUAUGUACAUAACCGGAGGUUUAGGAAUAGCAGCGGGUGUGCACCGGCUCUGGUCCCACCGCGCCUAUAAGGCCAACAUGCCGCUGCAGAUACUCCUGAUGUUGAUGCAUACCACCUCAGGACAGACCACUGUUAUUAACUGGGCCAGAGACCACAGAGUGCACCACAAGUACUGUGACACCGAUGCUGACCCGUACAGUUCAGUGAGAGGACUAUUUUACUCACACAUCGGCUGGAUAUUGGUGAAGAGACACCCGGACUGUGUUCAAAAGGGAAAAGAAAUAGAUAUAUCGGAUCUACUGCAAAACCCGGUACUAAGGUUUCAGAAAAAAUACUACGCAAUCCUCAGUCUUUUGACAGUGUUCAUACUCCCGACACUGAUACCAAUGUACUUCUGGAACGAAACUAUGAGCAACGCGUUCUACGUCCAUCUCGACGCGGUAAUUUUCGGCGCCAACGCAACGUUUUGUCUCAAUAGCGUCGCGCAUGCAUUCGGCACAAAACCCUACGACAAAAAUAUAUCGGCGACAAAAUUUGUCCCGUUGUCGCUUACGUCAUUCGGAGAGGGCUACCACAACUUCCACCACGCGUUUCCUGUUGACUACCGAUCCUCUGAGUUUGGAAAUGAUUAUAUCAAUCUGCCUACUCUCUUUAUAGAUUUCUUCGCGCGGAUCGGUUGGGCGUAUGACUUGAAAACCGUGAGCCCAGGUAUGGUUGCGAAAAGAGUGCGUAGGACCGGGGAUGGAACCCAUCAUCGGCACGAAUGAUGGAAAAGUUUGAAAAACCAACAGGCUUUGGUUUGUUUGGUUUCACGAUUCUGAGAGGGAGGUACCUAAAAAAGUUAUUAAUUUAUAAAUUAGGUUCUGAAUUGUAUUACGAUAAAAAAAUGUAUUUUCUCAAACAUGCAAUGAAAUAUUGUCUUUACGUUCCUUAAAAUGGGCUGGGAAGUAUCGCUUUUUGGG